AUGGCUUCAUUUGAAUUUAAUAAUGUUAUGGCCCGGAAAGAAGAUGCUUUACGCAAGUAUAACAUGAAGUGGAAUUUCAAGAUUGGUCUUAGCUUCAUCGGGUUUUUGUUGGUUUUGAUUUUGCUGUCGUGGUCCUUGUUCCCCACCGUCGAGGUUGCUGGAGAUUUUGGUCGAUAUUUGGUUUCUACUUUUAAUAAACCACUUAUCCUUGUAAACAUCAUCAUCCUUGCUGUUUGUGUUUUAUCAAACCAAAAUCAGUCCCGGAAACCAACCACCAGUCCUGAUAUAUACGAUGAGUACCUUAGCUCCCUCCGUAGUGUGCCCACAUCAGCCGCCUCCACCGCCGCACCUGUCAAGGAAGAGACCACGGUGGACAAACAAAUCAUCCUGAUGGAAAAUGCAGCUGCUCUAGUUUCUUCAGUAGAGCAGCAACGUACGGCCGGUGGCUGUGAUACAGUUACAGAGACAAAACGUUCCGUUUCCCCAGUUAAAAAACGACAACCAGCUACGGAGAACCGUACACCUCCAACCGAAGUGAUUAAACAAAAGGAGUACCGAAGAAGUCGAUCAAAGGUUCCAGAAUCUCGAACCCAGCGAAGCCGCAUGUUUCGGAGGUCGGAGACGGCUAUGAUCAGUCGACAGCUGAUGGUUUCAGGCGCCGAGCCACCUAGGAAAUCAAUGGAUGAGAUGAGUAAUGAAGAGUUUCGGUCGAUAAUAGAUAGUUUCAUCGCUGAGAAAAAGAAAACUCUGAUGCAAGAAAACAUCGCCCAUUACACUGGGAGGAAAGAUAAGUGCAUGUCAAUUGUGGUUAAGAAUUAA